UACAAAAUCUUCGCCCUCUGGUUAUGACAGAGGAUCCCAACCUUGCGACUGAAACCUAGAUCCCAAUUUUCUCGGUUUCUUCACUUCACUGUCUCCUCCGUUGUUUAGAUUUUUUCAGGUUCACGUCUGGUGGAAAGUGAUUGCAUCUCUAACGCAUUUCAUACAUUCACUUGGCUUGUAUGUGUACAAGGCUUGUACAAGGCUUCGGGGGAUAUAUAUAUAUAAUAUAAUCUUAAGGACAGAACUCUUUUCUUGUCAUGGAAACCCUAUGGACUCUUUUGUAUCUGCUAGAACCUGCACCAGCUACUCUCAUUGUCACAGCUGUCACCGUGACAUUUGCUUCCGCUUUCCGUGCACUUAACUAUGGGAAAGAGAUGGAGAGAAAUCGCGACUUCUCCGAAGCUUCCAUAACACUAGAUAGCUCCCAGGCCUUGAUGAUCCCAGUAAUGAGCUCUUGCAGUUUGCUUCUUAUGUUCUAUCUCUUCUCUUCUGUCUCUCAGCUCCUGACUGCCUUUACAGCCAUUGCUUCUGUUUCAUCUCUCUUUUAUUGGUUAUCACCAUAUGCGGUAUAUAUUAAGACGCAACUUGGUCUGUCUGAUCCCUUCGUCUCACGCUGCUGCUCGAAAUCGUUUACAAGAAUCCAAGGAUUGCUGCUUGUGGCUUGUGCUGUGACAGUUGUGGCAUGGCUCAUCUCUGGCCAUUGGGUACUGAACAAUUUGCUUGGGAUCUCCAUUUGUAUUGCCUUUGUCAGCCAUGUUCGUCUGCCCAAUAUCAAAAUAUGUGCGAUGCUCCUCGGGUGUCUCUUUGUAUAUGACAUAUUCUGGGUUUUCUUCUCUGAGAGAUUCUUUGGUGCUAACGUUAUGGUGGCUGUGGCCACCCAGCAAGCAUCAAACCCAGUUCACACAGUUGCUAACAGCUUGAAUCUUCCUGGACUGCAAUUGAUAACAAAGAAACUGGAACUGCCAGUGAAAAUUGUUUUUCCUCGGAACCUAUUGGGAGGUGUAGUGCCUGGUGUGAGUGCCUCAGAGUUCAUGAUGCUUGGUCUUGGUGACAUGGCUAUCCCCGCAAUGCUUUUGGCUUUGAUCCUCUGUUUUGACUAUCGGAAAACUAGAGACGUGGUGAAUAUUUGUGAUCUAAAAUCUUCAAAGGGACACAAAUACAUAUGGUAUGCACUUCCUGGAUACGCCAUUGGCUUGGUGGCAGCUCUAGCUGCAGGUGUAUUGACCCAUUCACCUCAGCCAGCUCUACUUUAUCUGGUACCAUCUACAUUAGGACCGGUGAUCUUCAUGUCAUGGCGGAGAAAGGAUCUUGCGGAGCUGUGGGAAGGACCUGCAUUAUCUAAUCCCACUGAGAAAUCUCAUGAAAUAGAGAUAUGAGUUUAUAUCAAAGAUUAUUCAGAAACUUAAACAUAAAAACAUAAAUACAAAGACGUUUAGUAGGAACAAUAUCAGAUCGAGAGCUCUUGUAUUAUUCUUAAGUUAACAAAACAAAACAAAAAGGAAAUGGUCGACCAGAUAGAGAUGUGAUUGUCUUA